AACAAUGAUCAUUUGACCCGCCAUGGGUGUUCUGUGCGUACUGGACUACAUACCCCAGAACGCACUGCGUUUCCGCUUGGUCCUGGGCAAGUCCAGCAUGGCGGCGAUCAGUGCAUUAGCGAGCGAGUCUGAUUCUAGCAGUGAAGAGGAUGUGGAGAAGCUCCGGGAGGCUGCCUGGAGUUUCGACACGAAGGAAACUCAAAAGCAAACCCAAGCAGGUACCCGGGGACGCUUUCACGUGGAAGGUGAAAACACCAAAGAUGUGAGAAAUGGCUUUGCUUCAUCCAGACCGAGUCGACGCCCACGCGUGGACGAGCACGAUGCCAAUGAGCUGCAGACCACUCCGGAGUUCCGCGCACACGUGGCUAAGAAGCUGAGCGCCAUGCUGGACGGCAGCAUAACAGUGACAGAGGAAGCUGUAUGUGCUCCCCCUGGCCCAGGCAGUGAUGAAGACGCAUUUCCAUCGUCUCCUCGUCUCGUCGUUUUUUCAGGAUUUCGUUUGUUCUCCACCUCGGUCCCAGGGGGCACUGCAGAACCGGACCCUCCCCCAGCAGCAAGGCGCCGCCCCCCUCCCAGCUCCAGUGACUCGGACAGCGAGAUGGAGGAGAGGCUGAGGGAGGCAGCGGUGUCAGGGACAGACAUCCUGAAACACAGCGCCAUCCCCAGCCAGCAGAACCAGGGAGCGCAGGAGCAGGGGAAGGAGGGGGGAAGCUGCAGUGAGCAGAGCGCCACACCGCUGGUUCCGAAGAAGAAGAAGAAGAAGAAGAAAAAAAAAAAGAAGUUAAAAGAGAGCAGGCAGGAGGAGGGUGACUGCACCCCAGAGACUGGGGGGAACUUCAAAGUGAAAUGGGACACCUAAAAGAGUGCUUCCCAGCCUGGACAAGAGCGCCCACACUCGCCUGCACACGGAGACGCAGGCUGGCGCUGACGCAGUGGAAAGGCAUUGAGAAGCUGGGAGUCUGGAGCAGUACAGUGUGUAUAUGUACUGCACAUCCAGCUGUGUGCACAGGACAUGCUGGGUUCUUUGGAAUCCGUUUCUUUGGGCAGAGAUCUAUAUCCUGACUGUAUAAUAAGGUGCAAGCCUCAGUGGGUUCUGUCUUCCAGCUGGACGGAACCUUUGCAUAUUAAAGGGAUGUUUUCUAACUCCAGUUUGUUUGUCUGCAUUCUUGCGCUCUGCAGUUCGGAGGGGAUUAAAUGCAACCUUUUAAAGGGGUUACUUUCAAAAUUUGUGGGUUUGCUUACUCACUUUAUAAAACUAUGAGCUUUGCAUUUUGUAUUUUCUUCGUUGGGUCAUGUUGUUUCUGUGAAUGUGCAUAAAGUUUGCUUGGCUUUAAUGUAAUGAAUGUAAAUUUACCAAGCUGUGAAUAGAACUGGCUGAUCAUAGCCCUCGGUUACCCCGUCACUGGACCCCCUUCACUGGACACAGAUCAUCCCUUUCCCUUCAGAUGCCAACGUUCCUCCACUGUAACUUUGCAGCGAGUCCAGUUCCAGUUCAAGGGACAAUUAGCAUCACUGCGUUGAUCGUUAAGAAACCCGAGCCUUGACGAGCACGCCAAAGCGGAGAUGGAAAUAAGACUCCUGUUGCACAGCACUUU